AUGAAAAUAAAAUCGUCAAAAACCUCAAUAGAUAAAAAGAAAACAGUUGUAACCUGAAGUAAACACACCCGUCACGAACAAACUUACCAGUUUCGUUGUAUACGAAGUGUUUGAACUGCACGAACGGACGAAGCCUGCAUUUUCAGCGACCAAUUUCAGCGUAAAAUUCCAGCUGCCACCAGUUGGGAUUCUGACAUUGUUGGUGAAUCGUAUAAGCAUUUAAGGGAGGCGGCGAGACGCCUACAAACCGAUCGGAAAUGAGAGCGAAGUGAGAAGAGGCAGUUCGAAAAGUCCAAGAUGCGCCCUCAGGGGCAUUUCGUCGCACUCUGUGUUUUAUUCUCAGUACAAGCCAUCGUCGGUUACUGUUAUUUUAUAGACUACUUCAGAGGUAUUUAUAAACAUGGACGAGGAGAUCGGGCCAUUGGACGCGAGGAUAACACGCAUCACGGAAGUGAAUUGGGGCAGAAUUCUAUCUAUCAGGAUUUGGAACCGAACAGGAUAUCGCAGAUUCUGUUCCUGAGCCCGAAUUAUACUGUUGUACAAGCUCAGACCAGGACAACGGCUUUACUACAUUGCGAGGUUACUAAUAUUGGGAAUAAUACAGUUACCUGGAAACGUAGGAAAGAUUAUAAACUUUUAACAUUUGGAUUGUUAACAUAUAGCAGCGAUUAUAGAUUUUUCACGAGAAUUGGUCGAAAUGGAAAGGAUUGGUGUUUACAUAUUCGAUACGUUGAUCAAGACGAUGAAGGAUUAUAUGAAUGUCAAGUUACCUCACAUCCUCCUGCUAGUAUAUUCGUUGAUCUACAAUUAGUUGAGGCGCGCGCAGAAAUUUUAGGAGGCCCCGACAAAAUCAUUAAAACAGGGUCCUCUCUGCGUUUAUCCUGCAUUCUGCGACGUUCAACGGAACAACCGGAGUAUAUAUUUUGGUAUCAUGGACAAACAAUGAUCAACUUUGACCUAAUAGGUGGCGCUGCGAUUCGGCAUGGUCGCCAAGACAGCGAACUCUACAUUCCAAAAGCUGAAAGUAUCCAUGCAGGAAACUACACGUGUAUGCCAUCAAAUACUCAUCCUGUAAGCGUAACAGUUCACGUUCUACAAAAUGAAAAACCAGCCGCUAUGCAGCACGGCAGCAAAAACAUCAGCACGACCACGUCGACGACGACAUCGUCUUCCUGUCGCUGUUGCUUGACGUUUCGCAGUUCCAUUUCAGUUCUCCUGCUGAAUAUUUUCGUACACGUAUCCCCCAGGUGAUGGAUAUGUCGCUACGUGACCGCAAUGUGAACGCGUCCUGCUUCCAACGAAACCACGACCAAAGGAAAAAAGCUGUUAUAACCAACGAAACUGAAUACAGACGAAGAGAGACCAAAGAUUAGCACCUGAUAAAAAUUUAAAAGGAUAGGUUUGAAUGGGAAAUCACAAAGUUGGUGCCACAAAUUUAUCUUUAGAUUUUAGAAUUAAAUAAUUUCAUGUUUAAGAAAAUAAGUAAUUUUAAGCAAAUUUAUACCCAAUUUAUAUAAUAAUAUAACGUAAACAUUUAAAUAUUUCCAUAUAAAACGACUUUAAAAACACUAUCAAGAAACAUAUUAAAAUAUUCAGUAAGGUGUUUCUUUCGUUUCGUAUUUAAAUUGGGAAACUAGCGAUGGUUUCACACGUUUAAACCGCUUUCAACGUUUAAUAUGUAUAUAUUUUUUUCUUGCGAGCGAAAACUGCAGAUGGGGAAACGUGUACUGAAUGCCAAUGAGGGUAGAAAAAUGGAGAAAAAGACGCUCGGACUUUCGACAAUAAGUACUGUAAACAAGAUAGUAUUUUUUUCUGUGACAAAUGUUACCCAUUCUUUUCUCUACCAUUUUAACGUUAAAGAUAAAAACGAAAUUGUAUUUUAUUAUUCUUGGAUUUAAGUUUAAAGUAAAUUUUUAAUGCUCUUCAAGUCGUUUGUUUUAUAUUACCCGAUUUCUAGAAUUAACUAGAUUAGUUAACGAAAUAAACAUUUUUAUUGUUGUAACCUGAUGUAACAUGUAAAUUAAUUAUAAUCCCUUAGAUACACAUAAUUCGUAUUAAAGUAAUGUUUAAAUAUGGUUUAUAAAUAAGGUUCUGAGAGAAUAUAAGCACUUGUUAAUAAGCUGUACAUAUUAAUAUGCUAUGAAUAAGUAGUCAGGCCGUUUAAGCACUUAGCAUUGAAGGCAAACCUUUACAUCAAGAAGCUAAUAACUUUCACAUCGUUGGGAGUUUAACACGAUAUCACAAAUACUUAUGUAAAGCGCAUUUUCCACCACCUUUAUCUAAAACUGAAGAACCCGAGCACACAGAUAUCGUAAAAGUCGAUAGACGAUUUAAGAAAGAAAGAUGAGGCAGAGAUAGUGUUAACUAUGUGAUGGGAGUACUCGAGGCAGGAUGUGAUGGGUAAAGAAUUCUUCGUUUGAAAUGGAAAAUUGUAGGAUGGUGCUAUGAAUUUAAGAAGUGUGAUAGAAAGACGCAGAAAUAGUUUGCAAAUUGUAAAGAAAUGGGUGUUUAGAGUGAUCAUACAAUAAGAUGCAUAAAAUACCCCAUGUUUAAAGGAGAGUUAAAAACACGAGAUUGACCAAUAAUGAAACAAUGAAUAACAAACCGGUAUCACAAAAAAAGCGAAUGAAAGUCCAGAGAGAUGGCGAAAAGAGAGAGAUGAAUGUGAUUUGUAUGAAUCGGAGAAGCUAGUCGAAGCGAAGAAUGGAAGGAAGUGCAUACAGUAAGAUCUAAAGAUAAAAUGUAAAAUAAAGGAAGUAAAUUGUACUAAUGGCUAAAUAAAUAAUAGACUAUUUGGAAAGGAAAGCUAUAGAGGAAGAUUGAAAAAUUAUCAAGAGAAAGUAGAACGAAUGGAGAACAGAAAAAUUAAUUGAGAUUAUGAGGAAAGCAAUGGCGAAGAAAGAACGUUCAGAAGUGGACAAGGAUUGAAAAUAAACGAGUGACGGGAAAACAAAUACUAUGAAGCGAAAAUUAAGGCAAGAAGAUAGAGAAAGGUGAAGAAGCAGAGAUUCAAGACACGAAAGGCAGGAAGAGAUAUAAGAAUGCAUAUAAGGUAAAAAUGGCAGUGGCAGAUUUUAAUUAUAAUUCCAGUUUACAAAGACGACCAAAAACUUUAUGCAAAGGCUGAGGUAUCAAAAAACUAUCAGUUUUUGCUUGUUUCUGAUAAUUGCUUGCGUGGCAACUUAAUUCGGAACUAAAUAUAGAAACUUAAAUCUAUAACAAACUGGAAAAUACACCGAAAAAGAAGAUCAAUAAUAGGCUAUAUAAUAUAAAUAUAGAAGAUCAAUGAGAGAUAAUCAGGAAAUUAAAAAAAAACAAGGAAAACAGAAAAGCAACAUUAAAAUCAAAGUAACGUUCUAAAAAUAUCAAAUAAAGAAAUUUUACUGGCCUGGAAAGAAUAAUACCGGACAAAUUUUGAAUAGUAAAAAACGACACAAACGCCACGUGAAAAUCAAGAAAGAAAGGAAGAUGAAGAAAUGAAGAGGAGGAGACACAAGAUAUUGACAAAAAUAGAAGAAGUAGAAGAAGCCCUAAAGAUAAUGAGUAAUGGAAAGAAUAUCUAUACAAUCAGAACACUAACAGAUAAAACAAUAGAAAUGGGAAUGCAUCUAUAUCUAUCUUUUGUGAACUUACUUUUAAACCAAAAAUUACAAAGAACAAUUAAAAGUGUAUCUAAUAAGGCAAAAGUCAGUGGUAUGUCCGAAAACUUUAGUAUGGCAAAAGAUAUGAAACAAGGGGGCAGACUGAGAUCACUACUAUGUGUUAACAUUCAUGGAUCAAAUAACUAAUAAAUGUAAGAUCCUCCACAACAGGUUAUUGCUGACUACAUUACAUUACGUAAAUUACAUAUCGGGUAGGCGGACCAACCAAUCUUGCACCGCGACCCUAAGGA